AUGUUUUCGUACUCCUUCACCAACCUCUUGGGGGCGCCGUUCGACAGUGCCCAGGCACGUAUUGGCUUCGACAAGCGGGCACAGUGCCUAUACACCCCCACAAGCAACCGGGUCGCUUGCUACCGUCUCCACACUCAGGACCACUCUGCAAGCAACCUCACUUCCAGUCUGGCGGCCGCCGGCGAAGGGUCGGCUUCGAGACAGAAGGCGGCACAGCUGUCGCCGCGGGCUGGCGAGCUGGAUGCGGGCGCAGCAUCGCAGGAGGACUGGCACCACGCGGACCAGACCACGGGUAGCAGCGGAGUUUCCACGUUGCCCUUCGAGGCCCGCGUGGAUAUCGCGUGGUUCUGUGUGAGAUCGGACAACUCGCUGGCCAUUUGCAUCGACCUCCACGGGCAGGGCAUGGUCGUCAACCUGGCAAAGGGAUGUGUUGUGAACCGACUCCAGUUCAGAAGCAACACAAGCGCCGAACAGAAGCGCAAGUGGGCGGCCGUGAAGGAUCUCCAGCACGUCGUCACGGGCGCUGCCUUCUCUCCCGAUGGUCGCCUCUUUGCCGUCGCUGUCGGCCGAUCUGUCCAGAUAUGGCACGUGCCGACGGCGCGCCACGCGUACCAGCUCCGCCUGCUGCGGUCGAUGACGCUUCACCAGCAGACCAUCACCACGCUGUCCUGGUCGCCAGACUCCACACACCUCGUGACUGGCAGUCUGGACUGCACCGUGAGGCUGUGGCGCGCCAAGAAGGCGCGGUCAGUGUCCACGUUCACGUUGGCGGGGAGGAGCGCCGCCGAAGCGGGCUUGGUUGUUCGCGACGACGAACAGCAGGCCAUGAGCCCAGAUGGCAGCGUGACAGAGGCGCAGGACGAACCCGCUGACUUCGCGCACGGAGUGCCGGAGGACGAGACAGCGCGCGGAGACAGAGAGUUCAUUCCUGUCGCGUUCGUCUCGCAUAAGUACCCCCUGCGCUUCGCGUGCUUCUCUGGAUGCCUCACUCGGCUCAUCUCCGUCAACCGCGAAGGAGGCAUCGUGCUGUGGCACUGGACAGAGAAACGGCGAACGGAGGAGGAACACGAAAUGGCGCGCUUAAAGCUCCUGAAGUGCGACCCGACGGCCGAGGCGCAGUCGGUGCAGAAGCGCAGGAAGAAGAGAAGAAAGGCCGGCGGAGACGCCUACGUCAUCCACCCCGGCCGCCGUGAGCUCGGCAGGAAGUUGCUGGAGGAACGGAGGAAGCGGCAGGAAGAAGCAAGCCAAGAGAGCACGAGCGACGGGUACUCCGAGGACUCUUCGGAGGGCGAGGAGGGCAGCGGGCCAUCGCAGUGGGCGGCGCCUGGAGAAAAAGGGCGUCGGAAGCCGUCUGGCGAGACGGACUCGUCUUCUGCGUCGUCGAGUCACGCCGUCAACUACAUGCGCGGUGUGUGGAAGACGGAAGCGAAGGCUCUUUGCUCUCAGGGGCGAGGUCAAUACGUCACCCAAGCGUGCACGAACCUCAGUCCCUACUACGCUUGUUCUUCCCCGUCUGCUUCUUGUCCCUCGCAGUACCUCGUCGUGGCUUUCUCUGGAGGCGUCUUCCAGCUGUACGAACUCCCGACUCUCGCCGUCCUCUGCAGACUCUCUUUGGGUCUGGCGUCUUUGGACGCCGUCGCACUCUCCUCGGACGGCGAGUGGAUCGCUGCGCUCGCGGCGGAGUCGCAGACGCUGGUCGUCUGGGAGUGGAGAAGCGAGACUUACGUGCUUCGGCAGCAGUCGCACGCGCACGGCCUGCGCGCUGUCGCCUUCUCUCCGGCGGCAGACGCCGCGCUCUCUGGCGCCUCGCGUAUCGGCGCCAAGGCCGGCGUGGGCGGGGCGGCUCAACAGUACCAAGGCGCGGGGGGCAGCAUGGGGCUUGGCACGUCCCGAGGCAUCGUUGCGACCGGCGGCACAGAUGGCCGCGUCAAACUCUUUGAUGCAGAGACUGGCUUCUGCUUCUGCAGCUUCACCGACCACGCAGCCGCAGUCGCAGCCAUCGUUUUUGCUCCAGCCGGCAACGCCGUUUUCACUGCUUCCCUCGACGGGACUGUCCGCGGAUACGACCUCUUGCGAUAUCGGCAGUUCCGCGUCUUCACGGCGAAACCUGGCAACGCUUCAGCCGGAUUCGGAGACAGUGGGACAUCCUCGAAGACGGCGCUGCUUGCCGACUUACCUACGGGCAGUGUGCAGUUCUCCUCUCUGGCGAUUGACGCGGGUGGCGAGCUGCUCGUCGCAGGCGGGCAGGGCAGCGUCUACUCGGUCUUCGUGUGGAGCGUGCAGACAGGAAAGGUCGUUGACGAGUUGACGGGGCACGAGGGGCCUAUUGUUGCAGUUGCCUUCCAUCCGCAUCCCAACAAACAGGGAGUCGUCGUCACGGGCAGCUGGGACAAAAAAGUGAAGGUCUGGGACUUGUAUGCUCGGCGGUCCCAUGGCGGGGCGCCCGAGACGCUUCAGCAAGCUGGAGGGGUUCUGUGUCUGGCCUUCGAUCCGCGCGGCUCAGACGUCCUCGCGGUGGGCGGCGAGGGAGGGCACGUGGUGAUUUGGGAUACUGCACUCGGAGGCGACGAAGGCAUCGUCACGACACUCGACCUCGUUCGGGACAUUCAGGGCGGCCGGUCGAGCCAGAACGACCGCCGAGCCCGCAACAACUGGGUCACCGCUGAGAAGAAGGAGGCGCUGGGGAACACUGCAGGACUCGACCUGAAUGUGAGUGUGGACUCGAUAGCCUUCUCGUCCACCGGCAGUCUCCUUCUCGUUGGCAGCCGCCACUGCGCGAGCACGUUCCUGUACGAAGCGCGAAGUGGUGCGCUCCUGGCUAAGUUCUCCCUGACGCGGAAUCGGCUGCUUGACGGGAUUCUCAGAGAGCUGAACUCCAGGUUCAUCACAGACUCCGGCGACCCUCUACAGGAGUAUGACCUGUCCGACGAAGACGAUGAGCUCAACGAAGGGGUUCGUGAACGACGGAGAAUCAAGCAACACUUCGCCUUACCGGCUGUCCAGGCCGGUCAGUUCGCGUCGAAGAAGUCUCGACUUUUCCUUCUCCACCAAGUUGCGUUCUCCGCAGACAGCAGAAGCUGGGCUGUCGCUACGUCGCACGGUCUCUACAUUUUCAGCUUGGACUCCAAGACUGGCAUGUACGCGGCCUUCGGGACAUCUUCUCGCCUUGCGUGCGCGCCUCUCCCUCUGUUGACGUCUAAUGUCACUACGGGGAGCAUUUGGAGGGCACUGGAGAGACAGGAAUAUGCGAAGGCCUUCAUCCUCAGUUUGGUCUUGAACGACAUGCCUACUCUCUUGUCCGUCUAUGAGGCAGUGCCACCGUCCUCCGUCGUACUUGUCUGCUCAUCGCUCGCGCCGGCGUUGUUGCCUCCUCUACUCUUCUUCCUUCAUCUGCUUCUCUCCACGGACGUCGGCCUGGGCACGCCGCAUCUGGAGCUUCACCUGCUGUGGCUGCGCAGCGUCUUGAAGCUUCAUAUGCACGUAUUCCAAGGGGUCUCGUUCGAUCUGCGCACCCUCUUUUUGUUGAUUCUCCGCCAGCUGCAGCAGCAGCACGCGAGCCUCCAUGCGCCUUUCUGCUCCAACCUCCAUACUCUCGCCUUCAUCAACGCGUCGAUAAAAAAUAACAGGGGCAAUCAGGAGCCACUGUGCCGCAGCUGA